AUGGCUACCCGCGACUAUGGUCGUCCUUCGACCGACGAUCAUGACGAAGAUCGUCCCCUGCUUCACGGCGAAGACAACGAUGUCGAAGCUUCAUCCGACCAGUCUGUUUGGGGUCGCUUUAAACGCCAGGUCUCGGCUACCUUUGCCCCUCUCGCCAAGCCAGACGAGCUGCGUCCCCUCGAACGCUUCCUCGUGAUCUUCUCAGUCGCUCUUCUGCUCCUUGCCGCCAUCUUCAUCGGCCUCUUUGCAGGCUCCCAGCACAAGCUUGCUCAUCGCCCCGCCUCGCCUGCACCUGCUCCUGGUCCGGGCAACCCGAACUCCAACCCGCCCGAGGGUGACAUCUGCACCACCAAGGACUGCGUUCUCGCCGCCGGCGAGGUGCUCCGCUCCAUCGACGAGACCGUCAACCCCUGCGACGACUUUUACGCUUUCACCACCAACAACUGGCUCAAAUCGCAUCCCAUUCCCUCCGAUGCUGGUCUCUUUGGAACGGGCCAGUAUGUCCUCAGCGAGAACUCAAAGAUCAUUCGACAGAUCAUCGCCGACGCUCCCUCCGUCAAGGACGUCGAGUCCAUGACUUUCGGCGACGAGCAGACCGAGGCGGAUCAGCGCAACCUUGCCAAGCUCAAGGGCUACUACGACUCGUGCACUGAUGUCGCUGGUCAGGACAAGCUUGGUGCUCAGCCGCUUCUCGAUGUCUUGGACCACAUUCGCACGCUCUUCCACUCGCACAAACACGGGAAGUACGAGGAGGGCAACCCUCCCGCCUCUUCGCACCAGUCCUACUUCCACGUGAGAUCGCUGGAUGAAGGAGAGAAGCCCUUGCCCCCCAACCAGCCUCCCGGACGUUCGCCCAAGCCUCACCUGCCCCACGAGAGCCCUCGCCCUACUCCUCCCUCCAGCGAGCGACAGAAGGGUCUCACCGAGGCGCUCGCCUGGGCGCACAGCCGAGGCCUUCCUGCUUUCUUCGAGAUCAACAUCGACGGGGAUGCCGUCAAGGACCCUACGGCUGCCACUCCCUGGUUCUUCCCUUCCGGUCUUGGCUUCCCGGACCAGGCCUACUAUGACGACAAGGAAGAGGUGGCUUUCUACAAAGAGGUCGUCUCGGACGGAUUGCGCGCCUACGACAACGAAGUCAAGCACGGGAAAGAACAGAAGGUCAGCAAGAAGAAGGGGAAGAAGGGCAAGAAGGGUGACAAGAAGGGCGACAAGAAGGGCGACAAGAAGCAUCACGAGGAGCAACGUACCCCUCUCGCUCCCCUUGCCGAUGAGGUCGUCGAGCUCGAGCGUCAGCUGGCCGAGAUCACCCCCGACUCGGAGGAGAUCACCGACCCCGUCGCCUCGUACAACCCCAUCAACGCUACGAAGCUACCUUACACCUUCGGAUCCAUCAACUGGCAGGACUACUUCUCUGCCCUGACCGUCCGCACUCCGGAGCGAUUGAUCCUCAGCAGCCCCAAGUUUGUCACCUCUCUUGACGCCCUCAUUUCGCGCACCAGGACCGAGGUCCUCGAAGCCUACCUGAUCUGGACCGCCAUUCGAGAGCUGGGCACCGCUCUGGGUCCCAACGUCAAGUUGCGCGCCGCAGCCGAGCGUCUCGAUCGCUACACCAAGGGUGUCGAUGCCGACGCCAAGGAGAACCGCGAGACCGUCUGUCUCAACGACGUCAACGCUGCUCUUGGCUUCAUGGCGGGUCGCUACUUUGUGCAGGAAGCAUUCAAGGGCGACAGCAAGAAGCGAGUCGAGGAGAUCAUCUACUCAGUCAUCGCCGCCUUCAAGGCACGCCUGCCUGAACUCGACUGGCUCGACGAGAAGACUCGCAAGAAGGCCGAGGAGAAGGCCGACGCCAUUCGUGUCAUGGUCGGCUACCCCACCAGCCCCAACACCACCGACGCCGUCUCAGUCGCCAACUUCUACGCCGAUCUGUCCGUCGACCCUUCCAACUACUUCUCCAACCGACUAGCGUCAUCCACUCGCAUGUCAAAGCGCAACUGGGCGUCUGUCGGACGAAAGCUCAACCGCGAUCUGUGGGACAUGUUCCCCGCCGAGGUCAACGCGGAGUACUCGCCGCAAGGCAACUACAUUCUCUUCCCCGCGGGCAUCAUGCAGCCGCCCUACUUCCACGUCUCGUGGCCUUCGUACCUGCAGCGUGGUGCCUUCGGUGCUGUUGCGGGACACGAGCUGUCGCACGCCUUUGACCCCGAUGGACGACUCUACGACAAGGACGGCUACCUGCGCGAUUGGUGGACCGAGACCACCGCCCAGGAGUUCCAGGUGCGCCAGGCUUGCCUCACCAACCAGUACCACUCGUACACCGUCUCGGACGGCAAGGGUGGUGAGCUGCACCUGCGAUCCAACUUUACCAAGGGUGAGGACGUCGCCGAUGCUGGCGGUCUCGUACAGAGCUUCAAGGCGUGGAAGGACGAGUUGGCUUCUGGUGGAGAGGUCGUUGAGGCGGCCAACGCUUUGCUGCCAGGUCUGGGAUACACGCGGGAGCAGAUGUUCUUCAUCUCUUACGGCAUCAGCUGGGCCCGAAACAUCCGAACCAGCGAACAGGUCAAGCGCAUUCGUACCGACCCACACAGUCCCACGAGGUACCGGGUCAACGGUGUGCUGGUCAACAUGCCCGAGUUUGCCGAGGCAUUCGGAUGCAAGGCUGGAAAGGAUAAGAUGGCCAGCGCCCCUAAGGACCGUUGCAACAUCUGGUAG